AGAGAGAAGCGCUCCCCACAAUCCCAAGCCGAUUUAGAACAGGCAGGGCGUCCGUCGAACACUUUGACGCCAUUACAAAAAGCUUGGGCGGAGAGAGCGCCACGCAUCACACGGGCCGGGAAUCGAGAGGGAGGGAGAGAUAGCCGGUGGUUAGUGCGUUGAGUGGUACCCUGGCGAUCGCGGGAGGGAUGACGACACCGGCGGCGGGGGCCCCGGGGUCACCGGUGGCGGCGCCGGAUCAGGUGGCGGCCAGGGACGCCGUGAUCGGGUGGUACCGCGGCGAGUUCGCGGCCGCCAACGCCGUGAUCGACGCGCUGUGCGGCCACCUCGCGCAGAUCGGCGGGGCCGACUACGACGCCGUCUUCGCCGCGCUCCACCGCCGCCGCCUCAACUGGUUCCCCGUCCUCCACAUGCAGAAGUUCUACUCCGUCGCCGACGUCGCCGCCGAGCUGCGUCGCGUCUCCGGCGCCCGCGCCGCCGCGGCCGCCGCCUACUCCGAGGAGGAGGCCGUGUCCACGGUGAUCCACGAGCCCAUGGACGAGCUCGUCGUCACCGUCGCCGCGGAGCCGGACCCCGAGCCCGAGCGCGAGCACGAGCCGAUACCGGAGGCGCAGCCCGAUGUCUCCGUCCACCCCGUCGACGCGGACCGCGAGCCGGAGGCGGACGGCGAAGAUUCCUCGGGAGAUUCGUCGGAGCGGAAGGCGGCCUCCACGGAAGACGACGCCGCCCACGACGGACCAGAUAACACCGACCAAGGAUCUCAAGGCGGGCACAGCCUACCAGAGAGCUACCCUAUCUGCUCUGACCACGACGAGUGCAUCGCCCGCCCAGAGAGGAUCAAGAUCCAGAAAGGUUUCAUGGCGAAGGAGUCCGUGAAGGGGCACAUGGUUAACGUUGUGAAAGGCCUGAAGAUAUAUGAAGACGUGUUCACAACAAUGGAGCUCAUGAAGGUUGCUGAUUUCAUCAAUGAAAUUCGCCAGGCUGGUAGAAAUGGGGAACUUUCAGGUGAAACCUUCAUAUUCUUCAACAAGCAGAUCAAAGGAAACAAGAGAGAGAUCAUUCAGCUGGGUGUCCCACUAUUUCAACAUACCACAGAGGAAACCAAUUGUCAUAUAGAACCAAUCCCAGUUGUCCUGCAGGCUGUCAUCGACCACCUUGUUCUUUGGCGCCUAAUACCAGAAAGCAGGAAACCAAACAGUGUCAUCAUCAAUUUCUUCGAUGAGGACGAGCACUCGCAGCCCUACUUCAAGCCUCCCCACCUGGACAACCCCAUUUCCACUCUCCUGCUGUCUGAAACCUUGAUGGCAUUUGGAAGGUCACUUGUCACUGACAGCAACGGCAACUACAAGGGACCGCUCACACUCUCACUGAAGCAAGGGUCACUUCUGGUGAUGCGCGGGAACAGCGCGGACAUGGCGCGCCAUGUCGUGUGCCCGUCGUCCAACCGCCGCGUGAGCAUCACGUUCGUGAGGGUGAGGCCAUCGACUCCGGUGGACCUCAGCCCGCUCCCGUCGCCCACCAAGGCCAUGACGCUCUGGCAGCCUCCCCCGACUGCGGCAACGGCCGGCAUGCAGAAACCACCCCAUGGCAGCAACGGCGCAAUCAUUGGCUACUGCCCCGCGCCGCAGGCCAUGCUCGCCCCGGCUUGGGGCAUGGCCGUGCGCGCGGCGCCUGUCAUGAUGGUCGCCGCGCCGGCGAGGCCAAUGGUGAUGGCGCCCUCCAGCAACAUCAACAAGAGGAUGGGGCGCGGAGGCACCGGCGUGUUCCUGCCGUGGACGGUUGGGCCCAAGAGGUACAACAAGCACCUCCCCCCGCGCAUCCAGAAGCGCCGGUUCUCGGCGAUGAUGUCGCCCAUAGAGUCGCAGGGCUGAAACGGCCGGACCGCACCUCACCUCGCCGCCGGCAUAGCCGUUGGAUCUGAUCGAUAGGCCGUCGUACAUCCCCGGUUGGUUCGUGGAGCAGUUUUUCUUCUUCUUCCGAGGCAAAAAGUUCGGAAAACGCACGGGCAGCGUGCCCUCCCUCCCUCCCUGUGUAUUCUGUUUGGUGACUCUCGUUGGUGCUGGUGUUUCUUUUUUUCCUUGUUGUGGGGUUUGGUCUGGUCUGCCUGUAAUCUAGUUGAGUUUGUGGCCUUGUGGGUAGCACAGGGCCGAUGCGGUACGUAGAAAUAUGAUGAUGAUGAGUAGGGAUAGGUGAGGUCAGAAUGAAUCAAUCAAAACUUUUCUUUUUUGUGUAUCUCCUCCUCUGGUUCGGAGAAAGAACUGGAUGCAUACAUACAUAGAUGUUGCCGUUCAUGUUCUGCCGAGUUUGGGCUUGCAGGUCUAUAUACAGGUAGAAGGAUUAUGCAUUGAA